CUCCCACGUCACAAAUUUAUUACUAAAACGAUGUUUGGUGAGACUGUAUUCCUAUACGAACGACGCGAAGCACUUGACAUUUUUGGUAACUCGAAGCUCAUUCAAGGUUAACUUUGUUUUGAAGUGAACUUGUGUUGUGAAUGUUGUGUGAAAGUUUUGGAAUUAUAUGAUUAACUUCUAAAACAUUCUGCUGAAAUGAGAACCAGCCACCCGCAAUACACCAUUAUGGUAGAAUUUAUGGAAAAGUAUGGAGACUUAUCUAAACCCAGCGGUGGCCCUCGUGGUAGACACUAUAUACAGCAAAAAUGGAAGGAGCUAACGGAUAUGCUAAACAGUGAUGGCACUGGAGACCCUCGAACAGAGGAGAAGUGGCGGAAGGUUUGGAGUGAUUUCAAAAAUAAUGUUAAGAAAAAGUCAGCAAAAAUAAAUAGGUCCGCUCAGGGUACAGGUGGUGGGCCAGCACUUCAAUUAACAUUAACAGACCUUGAAAACAGGGUAUUGAAUAUAAUUGGGGUGCAGGCAGCUACCGGGAUGCCUAUACAAGAAGCUGGAUUUGUACAGGUUGUUGGUGGGGAGGAAGAUAGCUUGUCAAGUACUCAUCUGCAAGUUACAGCCACCGAAAAUGUAGAUGAAUUGACUGUCAACGAUGUUCCCUAUGAAUGUACUCCAAUUCCUGAAGAUAUAUGGAAUACUCCAGGAACGAGCAGUCAACCUACAGUCGCUCCGCCGCCUCUUCCUCCACAACCACCAGCACCUAAACAACCAGCAGCUCCAGAGGAAACCCAGUGGCGACCACCGAAAAAGAAGAAAAAGUCCGAAGACCCAGUUUUUAAAAUAUUUAAGGAGUGUGAGGAGACUGCAAGGGAGUAUGAAAGGGAGCGUGACCGAAUUGUGCACGAAUUAGAACGAGAGAGGAUUCGACAGCGUGAUGUAGAGCUUCAUUUACAAGCUCAGUGGUUGGAAUUUAUGAAAGAGGCUUUGAAAGUAUUAAGAAUGUAUUUGGAGAGAAGUGAGUAGUGCUUGUUUGAGUAUCGCAGCAUUGAACAAAUGCACAAACCUCAUUGGUUUUAAAUGCUGUUU